GCAUGUGGGCUCACUCACUGACUGUUCAAGACUACCAGGAUCUUAUAGAUCGAGGGUGGCGAAGAAGUGGAAAAUAUGUUUAUAAGCCUACUAUGAAUCAGACAUGCUGUCCUCAGUAUACAGUAAGGUGCCAAGCAUUACAUUUCCAACCUUCCAAAUCACAUAAAAAAGUUUUGAAGAAGAUGUUAAAGUUUUUAAUAAAAGGAGAACAUUCAAAAGCAGAUAUUGAAGGCAGAGGACCUGACUUGAAUAAACCACCCUGUCGUAAAGCAAAAGUCAUCCGGAAGGAACAAAAGUUGCAGAAAAAACUUCAGGGCCAGACAAAGCCAAUUUCACUUGAAUCAGAGUCUCGCAGUUUGACCAGUCAGAACUGUUGUCCUAAAACAAACCAACCCAAAUCAAUUGAAGACUUCAUUUUUGCCACCUUACCUCCAGAAGCUCUGCAUCAGAUAGAGGUGAGGUUAGUACCACUUUCUUUUGAGGAUCCACAGUUCAGUUCAUCUUUUACUCAGUCUGCCACUUUAUUUGCCAAGUAUCAGAUGACCAUACACAAGGACACCCCUCUUGAAUGUGACGAGGACCAGUUUACGCGAUUUCUCUGUGAUUCACCACUUGAGCAGGAUGACAACGUAACCAUGAUAUAUUGGAAGAUCUAUUGCACUGUUGCAGCACCAUCCUCAGAAAAGACUCAUUGGUUUAAGAACUUGUUUACAGGUACUAAGCCUGCACCAGAGGGACAGUAUAGACCUUCUGAUUUACUAUGUCCAGAGACGUAUACUUGGAUACCCCUUGAGCAGUGUCUGCCUACUCUUGAGCAUUCAAAAUAUUCUCGCCUCAAUCAAGACUUGAAAAUAGUUGAUGAAGGGAUGGUAAAGGAACUUGAUCAAGUUCAGGUUCUCCAUAAGAGGUCAGUUAUGCCUUACAGGAUGUAUAGAAGGAAUCGAAAAGGACCAAGCGAUGAAGAAACUGUACAGCAAUAUGCAGCUCUCGUGGGACAGGCGUGUUCAGAGAGGAUGUUGCUUUUUCGGAGCUGAAUAUUCAUUCUGUAUAUGUUCCAGAAUGAUGUUUUAUCAUACAUAUUACAUAUCUCCGCUUUUUUCUGUUGUUAUGCCUAUUGAAUAAGCACUGUGUACCUUUUUUCUGCCUGGGAAUGAACAUGUUGACAAACUUUAGCAUAAAACAUUGAUUUUGAGUCUUUAUAUUAAGGGCUUGUCAGAAUAUUACAAUGACCAAGUUCAUUAGUUUAAAGACCUUCUUACAUUUUCAAAUAAGUGAAGGGG